CUCUACUCGACUCGAGCAGUUUCCCGCUCCCCUGACACCGAAGUGAAGAUGCUCUCCCCGCGUAUCCAGUGCGCCGUCGCGCUCCUGUACUUAGCGCUUGCAGUCAGCAGCUUGACCGGCGCGCCAUCAGACCUCAGACUCCACCAGUUGCUCCAGAGAUCGCUCCUCGCACCCGCAGCCAAACAGGAUCUUGCCAGGUACACUCUCGCGGAGCUUCUGUCAGAGUUCGCGCAGUCGGACAACGAAGCGCUCGCGUCCGACGACCUCGCGCGCAGAUCCGAGCAGGUGGAACCGCGGACGGAGAUGGAGCGCGCCGCGGGCGUGUUGCUGGAUCCGCGCGCUCGCAAGGCGGGAUGCAAGAAUUUCUUCUGGAAGACUUACACGGCCUGCUGACUUAGACACGGCGACACCUCAAUCCAUACUGAAGCACUUCAAGUAUUUUUCCUUGUCCGUUUUGUUUAUAAUCGUCUUCGACCAACCU